AUGUCUCAAUCAACAAAGCGAGAGCUUCGCCUGGCUCUACAGAUGUCUCUUCCAUUUGCUGGUCUUCUAGCUCUUCUCCUCUACAUGACGUUUCUCAACAUGUAUGCAAGUAAUGACAAUAGUAUAAUGAUUCAAUGGAUCAGAGGAUUCUUCCCACUUGUGAAUGGAGUCAUUUCAUUUAUUGGACCCUUUACCAUUCUUCUAUUUAACAAAGAAUUGACUCAAAAUGUCAAAGAAUUGGUAUUCAAUAACAAGAACAAGACCCGUCCGGAUUCUUCAUUGCAACCUGCUCGAAAUAAUGAUAAUGUUUCUAUGAUGAGAUAA